GUAAUGUCACACCCUUCUUCCUUGCCAUUCUUACGUCCGGUGAAUGCAGCUGCUCUUAAUCUCAAAGACUACCAUAUAAUCAUCACGAAGCCUAUGGACCUUGGAACGGUCUACUCUCGAUGUCUACUCGGAGAGUAUGCAACACUCAACGAUCUAGUCUCUGAUGUCGAGUUAGUCGCUUCAAACGCGAAGCGAUACAAUCCGGAAGGCCAUUUUGUUCACUCGAAAGCCGAAGAAAUGAGGUCUCUCUUUUUCGGGGAGCUUAAGAAACUA